GUCGCUCGAGCGUCAAGCCCAUGAUGACGGGUGACACGCUGACACGGCCUCAAAGGCCCACGGCCCAUACUCAAAGCCCAAAAAUGCUUUCGUGUUUCAACGCACAGACAGACGCGCGCACUUUUCCACUCCCCUUUCAAAAUCCUCGAAAAUUUCCCCCACUUCGCCUCUCCCCCACCCUUCCAAGGCCACGACUCCACGAGCAGAUGCCGGCGAAUCGCAAGCUCUCGGCGAAACCCUCCCCACCGGCACCUUCCGCCUCACGCCCCAAAGCCACAGCCACAUCCUUCACCCUCGUCGGAGACCGCGAUGACGACGACGACUUCCAGAGCCCUCCCCACGCGAGCCGCGCCCGCCCCUUGACGCCCUGCAAUGGCAUCGGCGCCGCCUCCCGCCGCCCACGUAAGAAGCUCAAGCCCUCUUCGUCCUCCGGGAAGGAGAACCGUCCCCUCUCCGGUGGCACGGCUCCCGCGAAGAGGGUCGCUGCGACGGCCCCGGCGGGCGCCGAAACCCUAGCGGCCAGUUCAAGGGUUACUGGCGGCGUUCCCGAUGCCGAGGUACUGGUGGGUGGAGAGAUUUGCGGCCUCUCGAGGUCCGGAUCUGAUGGCUUCAAAUUAGACCGUAAUGAGAAGAAAGUAGUGGAUGGGUAUGGGGAUUGCAAGGGUGGUUCCAGUUCCUUCCCCAAUCCGGUGGAAUCGAGGGUUAUAGUGCGUGGUGCAGCAUGUGAUUUGGGAGAUGGGCAUUGCGAGGAGGCGCAAGCUGUUCGCUCCAGGCAUUGUGCCUCAGUUCCUGAGGAGCAUGCCAUGAUGGAGGUAGGAAAUUCUGAGUCUGAUCCUCCGACCAUGAGAAAGGAACUGAGUGGCUCUGAUGCUCGUGAGGGGGGUGACAGCUCAAUGUUGAUUAGGCCAUUGCAUCUUGAAUCAGAUGCAAACUGUGAAUUUAGACUUGCAGGUUCCAAUGAUUCAAAAGGACCUGGUUCACGGAUUCUUGGCUCUGUCAUCAACGAGUGGAACGUGAAUAGAGAAGCUAGCCUGUUAUCUGAUUGUGGAUAUGGACUUCAGUCACUUCAUAACGGGAAUAACCACUUGGAUUCUCUAGAGUCAAAGCUUCCAAUGUCUAAACCAAACCAUGAUUCUGGCGGUGGCAAUUGCAAUGAAGCCCAGGAGCUUGGUGCGGGAGUCUGCAACUUGGUUUCUCAAGAGAGGAAAGUAACAAUAGGACAUUGCGCAACCCCUGAAAAUGAGACCAUGGAAAAUAAAUCAAGUGGACCUGAGGCUUUUAAGGGGCAUUGCAGCUCGAAUUCAUCUGAAUUAAAGCUUGUGGAUUCACAUACGAUCCAUGAUUUCGAAGGUGAUGGCUAUGAUGAUUUUGAGAUUGGGACACAGCUUAAUGAGCUCAUAAACUUGUGCAUAGAGGGUUGUAUGGAGGGUCAUUCGGACUGCAGGGCAUCUCCCAUUGAAGAGAAUACAUUUGAUUCCAAGAGGUUUGAGUCAGAUAAUCAAGUGCAGUGCCCUCUAUGUGGAUCGGAUAUCUCUGAUUUGAGUGAGGAGCUCCGCCAGCAGCAUACUAACAAUUGUCUUGAUGAAGAUGAACUUGCUAAGGAAUGCAAUUCCAAUCAUGAAAGAGAACCCUGCACUGGAGAAAAUGUUGAAAACAGCCGUGUUCUUGAAUGGUUAAGGAAACUUGGGUUAUCCAAGUAUGAGGAAGUUUUUGUCAGAGAAGAAGUUGACUGGGAGACCUUGCAGUGGCUCACGGAAGAGGACCUUCUCGGUAUGGGGAUCACCUCUCUUGGACCAAGAAAGAAAAUUACCCAUGCUCUAGGUGAGUUACGGAAGAAACAUGAUCAUGCCAAUGAUAUGGAAGCUGAUGUGUUACAUUCAGAAAAUACUAAGAAGACUAAACUUCCAAUGAAUGGGAAUAAGUUAAUUACGGAAUACUUUCGAUGGUCUUCAUCUGAUCAAAGACAAGGAACGUUCUGCAAAGUCAACAAGCCUUCUAAUCUGAAUGAGCAGAGAAAUUCUAGUGCUAAAAUAACCACAAAAAGAACUCAUGCUGGUAAAGGAAAGGUAAAAGAUAUGCCUCUUUGGUGUUGCAUCCCGGGGACCCCGUUUCGAGUGGAUGCAUUUCGCUACUUAAGAGGCGACUGUUGCCACUGGUUUCUCACACAUUUCCACAUAGACCAUUACCAAGGCUUGACUAGAAGCUUUUGUCACGGGAAGAUAUACUGUUCAUCAAUUACAGCAAGUCUUGUGCAUCAUAAGAUUGGUAUCCCAUGGGAUAGACUGCAUGUAUUGUCACUGAACGAAAAGAUUACUAUUGCAGGAGUUAAUUUGACAUGUUUUGAUGCCAACCAUUGCCCCGGAUCAAUCAUUAUUCUCUUUGAGCCUCCGAACGGUAAAGCUGUUUUGCACACUGGAGACUUUCGGUUUUCUUCUGAGAUGGCCAACAAUCCUGUUUUGCAGUCUUCUCAUAUCCACACUCUAAUACUUGACACAACCUACUGCAAUCCACGAUAUGACUUCCCAAGUCAAGAGAUUGUUAUACAAUUUGUCAUCGAGGCCAUCCAAGCAGAGGCAUUCAAUCCAAAAACAUUGUUUUUGAUUGGCAGCUACACAAUUGGGAAAGAAAGACUGUUUAUGGAGGUUGCUCGUCUGCUUCAUAAGAAAAUAUAUGUUGGAGCUGCAAAGUUGCAAAUAUUGAAACACUUAGAGCUUCCUCAGGAAAUCAUGCACUGGUUUACAGCCAAUGAAGCAGAAAGUCAUAUACAUGUUGUCCCCAUGUGGACUCUAGCAAGCUUCAAGCGGAUGAAAUUUUUAUGCAACCAAUAUGCUGGCCGGUUUGACCUCAUAGUGGCAUUUUGUCCUACUGGUUGGGCAUUUGGUAAAGGGAGGAAGAGGACGCCAGGCAAAAGGUGGCAACAAGGAUCAAUCAUCAGAUAUGAAGUGCCCUACAGUGAACAUAGCAGCUUCACGGAACUCCAAGAAUUUGUCAGGUUCAUAUCUCCAGAGCACAUAAUCCCCAGUGUAAACAAUGACGGCCCUGAGAGCGUAGAUGCUAUGCUGUCUCAAUUGUUAAAUACGUAGUGAGAUCCAUUACUCCAAUAUCUUGGUCCGAUCUCAAACUGCUGUUUGGAGAUCAUCUGAUUGAAGGGAUGAACGCCCAAGUUAACCUCCAAGGAUUGCAGAACUGGAGGGGAAGCAUUAUAGGUUUCCCUCUCUGAAGCCUAGAAUUUGUGAUGUGGAACCAGGAUGUGCAUACAGUGUUAGCAGACCCGUGGAGAUGCUGGAUGAUAGGAGUAAAUUCCUCAGCCAAGCUAUUACGUGACACCGGCGAUACCGUGCACGUCGUUGUGAACGACAUGCGAGUAAACCUCUUGUAUCGUUAUGCAUGCGAGUGCAUGUUGACAUCAUUCGUCGAUGAAUGGCAAUCUACUUGUACGAGAACUGCUUGUAAGUCAGGAUUUUCAACGAUUGUGGAUUUGGAUUCCUGUACGGGAAGUUUUUUU